CAAAAACAAACGAAAAUUAUGUUUAUUAACCAACUUGAUUGUUGGAACAAAUUACCGAACACAAUUAAAGCUUCUUUCAUUUUCAAUCAACAAUAACGACAAUUAGCUUUUUCUAACCUGAUUAAGUUUCAAUUUAUUCGUUAAUUGUAUCAACAUGAACUUCAUGGGAGGAGGACGAAGAGCAAUGAAAGCAAUGGAAAAGGAAAAUGAUCAAGAUAAAGAGAAAGUGAUUAACUACAUUCAAAAGAAAAUGGACGAAAAAACCGAAUUGGAAUCAAAUGGACAAUCAAUUUUCAAAGCGAAUGAUAAAGAAGUUGUUUCUCGAAGCCAGGAUGUAAUUAAAGCCCAAGUGAUUAAAAAAAUUUACGCCAAACAAAAGCAAAAUCAGCCGAUUGUUGUUCGUCAUGUUUUGAUGGAAAAGCCUUCGUUUACCUUGGACGGAGUUGCGACCAUUCAUUCAAACCCUUUUUUCAAAGCUCAUCGGAAAUCCAUGAAUUGGGAAAAUCGUCUCUUCAAGACAAUUAAAAUUGAAAAAAAAGGUCGAUCAGAAAAUGAAAAUCAAAUCAAUCGAAAGCAAUCAAAAAGCAUCCCGAUGAGCGUUUAAAAAUGAUCCAUGAAUGGAUGACCAAAGGUGACAAUCCUUUUGCCACAAGUCAAACUUACAUUCGAACCUACGUUUAAAUGAAACAAUCAAAUUCCCAAAUAUACUCACCCAAUCAAAUCAACAAUGAAAAUUGAAAAAUUCAACUAAUCAUCAAUCCAAUUAACCAAAUCAAAGCUAAAAUGGUUCAAUGAGCUUUUCUUAUCCAAAAUCAAAUGUA